AUGCUGCUGGAGGAUCAGGAUUUUAAUUUUUUUCUGCAACUUUUCCACAACAUCAUGCCACACGUGGACAUCCUCUAUGCCAAACUCCAGAAGAAGGACAUAGAUUCAGUCCACAUUAAGGGGAGCAUCCAGCAGUUCCAGCAGGACAUACAGAAGAUCAGAAAUUCUCUCCAUUCUCUGGUUAACCAAAGCAGUGAAGGAGCUUCUCAACCAAAGAGGCGGCGGUUGCUUAGUCCAGACGUCCAUGAACGGAUUGCAACAGAGGUCUGUGACACCAUACUCCAACACACCAUGGAACGGUUCUGCUUCACAAGCCACCUCGUUAGUGCCACCCUGCUGCAAGCAGACAGGUUUGAACAGUACACAGUGGCGUUUCCUGAAGAUGCACUGAGUAGGACUUUGAAGGCCUAUCCAGUGCUCAAUGGGAGUAAGCUAAAGACAGAGCUUAGUCUCAUCUACUGCAAGGAAGAGUUCAGAACCUGUUGUGGUGCUGUGGACCUACUGCAGCUGUUUAAGGAGAACAAUCUUGAAGAAGUCUUUUCAGAGACUGUCACUCUCCUAAAGAUCCUCAUCACCACACCCAUGACCACAGCAGAGGCUGAGAGGUGUUUCUCAACUUUGAAAAGAGUUAAGACUUUUCUGAGAAAUAGCAUGACCCAGGAGAGACUAAAUGCAUUGGCCAUGCUGUCAAUGGAGAAGAGAAUGGUGACUGAGAUCAUUGACUUUAACCAGAAGGUCAUUGAGAAAUUUGCAAGUCAGAAACAAAGGAGAGCAAAAUUGAUUUUCAAAUAG